AGAUUCUUUCCUGACACGCUUAGACUGGAUCCUGUUGAGAAACCACAGCCUCCGGUGCCCCGGCUAUCAUACGGGCUGGACCGUGUGCUCUUCAACCCCGGCGUCUACCAGCUUCAAGACCCCCGGUCUCGCGUCUUCAACUUCGAUCCCUAUCUCGCCCGCAUUAUGCCGGCCCAAGAGUUUGACUUCGAUGCGCUGAAGCAGUUCGUCAGCUCGUCCAAGGACAAAACCCUCCACGCCAUGGCCUCGGAGCUUGGAAAGAGGUAUUCAGGCUCUACCUCGAGCAUGACGGCCGCCCUGAGCCAUUUUCACUUUCUGCUCUCGUCCUGGCGUCCCAUCAGCACCAAAGCUAUGUCUCAGGACUUCGAAGUGGACUCGGAAAAAUUCACCAAAAUCACGCGCGCCCCCGCCGCCUCCUUUCUACAUUACAAAGACGGCGUGUACGCCAUUGAUGCCGACAAGGAAUUCGACAUGGCCAAUCUCCUGAGCUUGCUGGGCAAGUCCAUGGAGAAGCUUCUGACACUGCCCAAGGAGGAGUUCGAAAAGUACCGCAAGACCAAGUCGGACCAGCUGACCCACGCUCAGCGCAACGACCCCGAGGCCUACCAUUAUACCACCAUGGGCGACUUUAUGAUGCGCUCCCAGCUUGACGCCUAUGACCCGAGGGUGCCCGGCACCGGCAUGUUCGACCUCAAGACCAGGGCUGUGGUGUCCAUCCGCAUGGAUAUCCAAGGCAUCAAAAAGGGCGCCAACUACGAGAUACGCGGGCGUCUUGGCCAGUGGGAGUCCUUCGAGCGCGAAUAUUAUGAUAUGAUCCGCUCUGCCUUUCUGAAAUACUCUCUGCAGGUCCGCAUGGGCCGCAUGGAUGGCAUAUUUGUCGCCUUCCACAACACGGAGCGCAUCUUCGGCUUUCAGUACAUCAGCCUGCCCGAAAUGGACCAGGCACUGCAUGGCACCACCAACACCGAUCUCGGCGACCAAGAGUUCAAGGCCAGUCUUCACCUCUACAACGAGGCUUUAAACCUGGUGACCAAAGAGUUUCCCGAGCAAUCUCUGCGCAUUCACGUUGAGACGAGAGAGGGUGACCCCCCAAGCAUGAGGAUAUUUGCCAGACCCGUGACAAACGACGAGAUUGAAUCCAUCCAAGGAGCGCAGCGCCGUUACGCAGAAGAAUUUGAACGAGAAAUAAUGAAUGCAGGUCUUGGUUCCCGAGAGGACGCCGGUCCGGAGGCGGUCGAAGGGGAUACUGUUGUUGCCGAGACCGAGGACACGGCAAGCCAAGACGUGUGGAAAGACGUAAUGCUCGAGGUCGAGCACACGCUUGAGGACCAGGAACAGGGCGUGACAGCAGUUCGAGAGGCUAUCGAGUACGCACUUGAGCACAGUGGUCUUCUCCACAGCUGCACUAGCGACGAGGCGGGUCACCACCUCGAUGAGCUGUUAGAGGCCCUCCUCACAAGUGGUGGAGAGGUUGUGACUGAGGGCUCCGAAGGACAACCGCAGACCUCUGAGGUCCGGUCAUCUCUGAAAGAGCUUCUCCUCAAGCUGGCCGCUCAGGGCAAAGCUGUAUCGAGUAUUCGACAGACUGAGCAGCAAAUCGAAGAUGACGUCACGGAUGAUUCCAUAAAGCUUCGCAAUUUCGAGACUAUUCUGUCCGAGCUGGCUGAAACGGCGCGAGACAGCGGCAAUCUGGCGGAGCCAUCAUACGAGCAAGACGACGGAACGUUGGAAAUGUCCCCCACGGAAAUUCCGCAGUAUAAUGGCCCCCUUUGUUGCUUCGCCCUCACCGUCAAAAAUAAGGACCAAAGGAUCCCUAUCGAACGGCCAACUGGCCACGCGGAUGAGAAGUGGUCAAUCGAGUACGCUUUUGACAAACUCUCGGAUGGUCGUGCCAGGAUGUUGUACAAGCACACGUUGGCUCGCCGGGCGAAGGAGUUCCAAGCCAAGCCGACCGAACUCGCUAAAAAGUCUUGGUACGCCAUGUGGUCGGGCCUGCUCAGCGAGUACAACGACAAGGGCCGCAAGUACAGGGAUCUUGAGACGGCUCGCGGCCAAAAACAUCCCGUCCACGUGUACGGCAUUGACACGCCGUUGGACUGGGAGUCGGUCAUGGAGGGACCGGCCGAGGAGCCCUACCGCCUGUGGAACGGC